CUUAAUGUGAAGCGCCGGGUGAUUCAGCCGCGUGGCCGCGCCGGCCAGGGCGGGGGGGCGCGCACCGCUGCUGAAAGGCCGGUCCCGUGGUGGCUUCUCGAAGCACCGUGUAGGUGCGCCUCCCGGGCUGAUUCGGGCCCCGAGGGCCAGAACACGGCGGGGAGAGUCAGUGAGCAAGUUGAGACAGAGAGACUUGGGAACCUGCCCAGGGUCACAGUUACAACAGAAGAGAAGAUCAUACAUGGGGAGAAAUGUAGCAAGAGGCCCCUGAGAAGUAUUCACGUCUCACCAUCUGCCUGAGUUCUUUGAGAAGACAGCAAGUAUGUGGGAAGAGAGGACCCAGUGGAAAUAACUUGCCGACAGGGGUCUCUCUGCUAAUUCAAACAGCUGUAUUAUGGGUUUGGGGACAUAAGAUCUGUUCUGAGGACCAAGAUUCAUUUGGGGGAUGGUUACAGAAUUGAACCAUGGAUUUUUUCCUGAUCAAGCAGACAGUUCAGCAUAGAAUCCAAGGAUGAAUGUCCACCGUGGCAGUGAGAGCGACAGGUUGUUGCGGCAGGAAGCCAGCUGCCUGAUGGAUGAAACCUCAGCUGCAGCCCAAGAAAAAGAAACAAAUAGCCUGACUUCUCCUGGUCUUCAAAAUCUUACUUAUCCUCUAGUUCCCAGGAAUGAAGACCUUUCCCUUGACUAUGCCUCUCAGCCAACAAAUCUGCAGUUCCCUCACAUAAUGCCACUUCCCGAAGACAUCAAAGGCUCUUGCUUCCAAAGUGGGAAUAAACGGAACCAUGAACCCUUUAUUGCUCCAGAACGAUUUGGAAACAGCACUGUGGGCUUUGGGAGUAACGUUCAUUCCCAGGCACCAGAGAAAGUGACACUUCUUGUAGAUGGCACACGUUUUGUUGUGAAUCCACAAAUUUUCACCGCGCAUCCGGACACCAUGUUGGGCAGGAUGUUUGGCCCAGGAAGAGAGUAUAACUUCACAAGGCCCAAUGAGAAGGGCGAGUAUGAGAUUGCCGAGGGAAUCAGUGCAACUGUAUUUCGGACGGUGCUGGAUUACUACAAAACUGGUAUCAUCAAUUGUCCUGAUGGCAUCUCUAUCCCAGACCUUAGAGAUACGUGUGAUUAUCUCUGCAUUAACUUUGAUUUCAACACUAUCCGGUGUCAAGAUCUGAGUGCUUUACUGCACGAGCUGUCGAACGACGGUGCUCACAAGCAGUUUGAUCACUACCUCGAGGAGCUGAUCCUGCCCAUCAUGGUGGGCUGUGCCAAGAAGGGCGAGCGCGAGUGCCACAUUGUCGUGCUGACGGACGAGGAUUCUGUGGACUGGGACGAGGAGCACCCCCCACCCAUGGGGGAGGAGUAUUCCCAAAUUCUUUAUAGCUCCAAGCUCUACAGGUUCUUCAAAUACAUUGAGAAUCGGGAUGUUGCUAAAACAGUGUUAAAGGAACGGGGCCUGAAAAACAUUCGCAUUGGCAUUGAAGGUUACCCUACCUGUAAAGAAAAAAUUAAGAGACGACCUGGUGGCCGGUCUGAAGUCAUCUAUAACUAUGUGCAGCGCCCCUUCAUUCAGAUGUCAUGGGAAAAGGAGGAAGGAAAGAGUCGCCACGUGGAUUUCCAGUGUGUUCGAAGCAAAUCCCUCACUAAUCUGGUAGCUGCUGGAGAAGAUGUUUUGGAGGACCAGGAGAUAUUAAUGUAUCACCCACCCCAAGUGGAUGAACUUGACCGGUUAAAUGCCCCCCUUUCUCAGAUGGCUUCUAAUGACUUUCAGGAUUAGGGCCAGCUGUGGGUCCACCCCUCUCCGGAGCUCUUCUCUGUCUGGGUUGCCCAAAGCCAAUCCUUCCCACGAGUGAAAGACAUGCUUCCUGUCCCCCAUCCUUUCCCUUCCUCCCACAAUUAACGUGUCCUUUUCAGUAUGUCUGUACCUCCGGCAGAGGAUGAAAAAGCACUCGCUGGUAAUUAAGCACCCAGCUUUGCAGCAGCCCUGGCAACUUGAAAUAUUUAGGUCUGGUGCUGUUCACUGAGCCUGCGUAACUGCAAAGCAGGGAAGGAAGUCAAGAGUCCUGUUGCCCCAUAGUCAGCAAAGCAGGUCUCAUCCUUUAUGCUUUGUUCUUGGCUUUUGUUUUGUUUCGUUUUGUUUUAUAUCAGGCACAUUACUUAGAAGCAAAGGGACCAAACUUCAAAGGCGACAAUCUCUCUUCUGCGAGUAGGCAUUCGUGGGAUAGUUGUUAGAGUUAAAUGAAGGUGCUGUUCCUGGGGCCCCUGCGCUCAGAUUGCUUCUGGGAAGAACCAGGCGCUCAUUCAAAAGGUCUAAAAGGAAAUUCUUAAGCACUUAAAUUCAGUUUUGUUUUUUCCUUAAUACAAUGAACAGCCCAAAACCACACAUUCUGUGACAGGAAGGAUAAUGGCGUAAUAGUGUUUAUGAAACCUUUUUAGCUGCAUGGUGUUUGAGCCUAAAUCAGUUACUCAUUUGGAAUGAAACUCACCACUCAAGCAGAAGCACCUCCACAUCGGGCCGCUUGGAUCGCCCUGGCUUGGAGUCGGUGUGAAGCCGUGGGCCUGUGGGUGUGGCCGGGCCCUUCAUGUGGCUCACAGGCUUCACGAUGUGGGCAGAAACUUCGCACAAGUGCGCAGUUCUCAGCAGAAAGUCUUGUAAGGGCUCCCGGGACGGAGCAUUUGGGGCGAAGCUGGGUGGGGAAACAUCACCGCCCAGGCCUGGUCCCAGCAGGAUUUUUCUUAGCAUAUUCUUUUCAUACUAUGGACUUUUUUUUGGACGCCGGGAUAUUUCCGUUUUUGAAAUAGUCGAUCAGCUGCUCACACUGGAUAAGAAAAACCACACUAACGUCAUCCCCAAAGGAAGGAUGAGUUGAAGGGAAACUAGGCGUAGUCAUUUUGUCCUGUCAGCUGUGUUAACCGUGCGUAGCCUAUGACAGCCCCCGUCACGCCCCAGCAGCCCCAGCACUGACCCACCUUCCCUCGGGUCGCCAUGGCUGUUAACAGUAGAGCUAAAUUUAAAGUCUGGAGCCAGAUGUGUCACGGGGUUCUCCCAUUUCGUGCUAGAGGUCGGCCUUCACUCACCUACCCAGAGCAUUUCCUAGUCAGGUUACAAAGCGGCACACAGUUUCCUUCAAGUUCUUCAAGAUACAAACAUGACUGGUUUUCUUUCAUUCCAUUCCCAUAAGAUCCUGCAGGGCAAGCUACUUGAUUCCGUUUUAUUACUGCCCUCGUCACCAUCCUCCAAAGGUAAAGGCAGAUGCGUGUUGAAAGCUGCUCUUUCCAGGCCUGAAGAACAAGUGUUCUUAAGCAGCUGUUCUCUGCGCCUGUGGUGAGCCCCACAGUGGGAAUCAGGGCUCUGUCCCUCGCUCUGAAGGAGUGAGAAACAACCAUCCCCACUUACGGAGCUCAGUACCACUGGCGUCCAUGCGUAAGGUCAUGGCCAGGGUGAGGGUAUUUUGUAGCCAGAGAGUAGUUUUAUUUAUGUGAAACUAAUUGGCUCAUAUCUGGGGUCAGGUUUGGCUUUAACCUUCCCAGAACUUGCAUUCAUACCCACUAGUAGUUGACCAGCCAUAAUACAUAUUGUUUAUUGGUGCUUCCUUUACACUUUUCAGUUGAUUCCAUGUCAUUACAGAGGACAUUUGCAUUGACUGUAAUCUAUGAUAUGUAUAACUUGUUAUAUAGCUUAUGUAUUGUUAACAUUUAGUGUAAACACGCUGCAGCUAAUAUUUUUUAAAACUAAUUUAGUCUUUGCUUAUGUAAAAAGCCAGAUAUGAAAGUAUGGCAUGUACUUAACACUUUUUCUAUGUAUAUGAUUAAUUUUCUCAGGCUUUCAAGAACUAGUUUUCCCCCAGAUUGGGUUAAUGUGCUUUUGACCCCAACCCCAUGGGGUUUGAGUGAACCGAAAAUCUGUGGAUUCAAAUCUGCCAGUGUCACCAGGUGGUGGUGACUAAGGAAAAAGUUGGGCCCUCAAAUUCCUUCUGGUGAAGAGGGAAGUUUCUUGUGCACCCCACGCCCUUCCGGCCUGGAGCUCAGCAUCACUAAUUUGGUGGCUCCCCUCAGCCAUAGCUGCCGUUCCCAGAGCCAGGACACUGUAGUGGCAGGACCUCUCCGUCCUCAGGGACAAGGCCUGGGUUGGGGUCAUUCCCUUAAGUCAAUUCUGACCACCUGGGCAAGAGGCGUUUCUAAUAAAAAAAGGUGGGACUCAGGUUUGGUGUUUUUUCUAAGUGCCUAAAUAAGUAAGCCAGGUUGUUCAUACAGAAACAUUUCCGUAAGGAGAUGGUUUUACCCAGACUGUCGCUCCAAGGUAUCAGCAAGCCAAGAUGCACCUGAAUUCGAGGUUUAGAAUGUGAGUUUGUGUCUGCAUCAUAUCGUGUAUAGUUGGUUAGGAAACAUUUGCCAUUGAGUCGGAGAGCAGUGGGCAAGGAGAUAGCAUGACUGUGUCUGGGGAGAUCACUCAGUGGUUUCUCCGCAGUGGAGGGAAGGGAAUGAAGGAAUGACAGCAAAAAGGGUAAGGAAGCCAGAAAGCAGCUGGGUUUACUGCACACACGAUACACAACAGCCAGUGUUAUUUUAAACUAAAAUCCAAGAGAAUGGUGUGAUAUCUAAUGUAUGCAGGUUUAUGAAAAUACUGUGGAAUAAACCCAAGAAGGAUGGAUAAUUUGCAAAUAGUGUUCCAGCAGGUCCUUGUGGAUGUAAAAUCACAACACAGGCUUUAAUUUAAUAUGGAGUCAGUCUUAUCAAGUGAAAACAAAGUUAAGGGGUUUUAGUAAUUUAUUCAGUGCCACUUCUUGCCAUCAUUUUGAAAUUGUUAAAGGGGCAUAGUGAGUUCAGAAAGCAGACCUGAUGCCCUCGUGGGAGAUGGAGCCACGUGUGCUUGGGGUGGGACCGCCUCACAGGAGAACGGAACAUUUUCUCUUGACGGCAAAAUGCUUAUAGGUUUUGCCUCUUUACUUUGUAUUUAAAAUUGCACAUGUUCACCUACCAGUGUUUACGAAGUCCUGUAUUUGGGAUGCUCUUUUUUUAAAUAAUAAAAUAUUAUCAUUUGUG